AGGGUGGCUGGGACAAUUGCAAUGUAAGCAGAGGUUGGAGGCAUCGUCCUGCCGGGCUGUCCCUGUCUGAGAAAUGAAAGGUCAAAUCUGUUAGCGUCCAAAUGCAUGCACACAAUAUUAGCAAUAUUCUACAAGCCAAAAUCUGGUCCAAAAGCAUGUGGUCAUGUAUCAUCCCAGUUCCCACCGUAUCGAUCGUUGACCGUGAAGUUGCUGUCUAGAGGGCUUAGCUACUAUCCCUCUCCAUAGUUGAGUGCUUAAACAUCCUCUUACAAAUCAGAGCUUUCAUCCACAUACUCCUGCAAACAAUAACAAUGGCGUCUUCGGGUGUCUUGUUUCCAGGUUUUGUUUGGUUUCUAUGCCUUUUUGCCUUCUUUUGCUGCCUGACAUUAGCCACCUGCGGUGAAACCGAAAAUGAUAGACAAUCCCUCCUUUGUUUCAAGUCCUGGCUCUCGGGUCCAGCAGGAGUUUUAGCUUCAUGGAGCAACACGUCCCUCGACGUUUGCGAGUGGCAUGGGAUCACCUGCAGCAUGGUGUCCCCUCGUCGUGUGAUUGCGCUGGACCUCCAGUCAGAAGGCAUCUCAGGCUCCAUACCACCUUGCAUUGCCAACCUGACCUCUCUUACAAGGCUGCAACUGUCAAAUAAUAGCUUGAGUGGUGGCAUACCAUCAGAGCUUGGCCUCCUGAGCGGGCUCCGCGACCUCAACCUCAGCAUGAACACUUUGGAAGGUAACAUCCCGCCUGAACUCUCUGCAUGUUCGCAACUCCAAAUCCUUGGUUUGUGGAACAAUUCCCUCCACGGAGACAUCCCACCUAGCCUUAGCCAAUGCAAACAUCUUCAAGAGAUUAACCUUCGCAACAAUAACCUGCAAGGAAGCAUCCCUUCUGCUUUUGGAAAUCUCCCUAAGCUGCGCAUACUAGUUCUCGCUAGCACUGGACUUACCGGCAACAUACCUCCGUCUUUAGGCAGCAGCCCUCAUCUCACAUAUGUCGAUCUUGGGAACAAUGCUCUCUUAGGGGUCAUCCCAGAGUUCCUAGCAAACAGUUCAUCUCUUCAAGUACUUAGACUCAUGAAAAAUAAUUUUACUGGAAAACUCCCAAGUGCUCUCUUCACCACUUCUUCACUUAUUGCUAUUUGCCUCCAACAGAACAGUUUUGUUGGUUCAAUACCUUAUGUUACUGCCACAUCUCCCAUAAUUAAAUAUCUCUACUUAAGGAAGAACCAUCUUUCAGGAAUAAUACCUUCCUCACUAGGUAACCUGUCCUCCCUGGUUCAUCUUCGCCUUGCAGAAAAUCAGUUAGUUGGGAGCAUCCCAGAGAGCUUAGGUUAUAUUCCUACACUAGAGACAUUGACCUUGGACAUAAACAACUUAUCUGGGCCAGUCCCAUUGUCUUUAUUCAACAUGUCAUCCCUCACAGUUCUUGCCAUCGCAAAAAACUCUCUUGUCGGAAAAUUACCCUUCGACAUCGGCCACACGCUUCCAAAUAUUCGGAGAUUAAUACUAUCAGAGAACAGUUUUGAUGGGCCAAUCCCAGCCUCUCUUCUCAAAGCUUACAGCUUACGCAUGCUUCACCUGGAUAAUAAUAGGUUUACUGGAUUCAUACCAUUCUUCGGUUCACUGCAAAAUUUAGAGAAACUUGAUCUGGGGCACAACAAGCUAGAAGCAGGUGAUUGGGGCUUUGUCUCUUCACUAUCAAAUUGCUCCAGGUUGAGUAUGCUGGGGCUGGAUGGAAACAACCUCCAAGGGAAAUUACCAAGUUCUAUUGGCAAUCUUUCCAAUAGUCUUGAGUCAUUGUGGCUAAAUAGCAACCAAAUUUACGGGCCUAUACCACCAGAGAUUGGCAACCUUAAGAACCUCAAUAAUUUGUACAUGGGUAACAAUCUUCUCACUGGAAAUAUACCACCAACACUUGGGAAACUGCACAGAAUGGUCUAUCUAUCCUUUGCAGAAAACCGGCUUUCCGGGCAGAUUCCAGAUACUAUUGGCAAUCUUGUCCAGCUGAGUAUGCUGAAAUUGGAUUGGAACAACUUUAGUGGAAGGAUACCAGCAAGUAUAGCACAUUGCACUCAACUCAGUAUACUCAACCUUGCUCACAACUCACUAGUUGGGAGUAUACCAAGCAAAAUCUUCAAAAUCUCUACACUUACUGAAGAGUUGGACUUGUCACACAAUUACUUGUCUGGAGAAAUGCCUGACGUCGGCAAUCUGAUUCAUCUUAAGAAAAUGAACAUGUCAAAUAACAGGCUGUCUGGCGACAUACCAUCAACUCUCGGCCAGUGUGUGGAUCUGGAGUAUCUUGAGAUGCAAAGCAACUUCUUUAUAGGAAGCAUUCCACAGUCUUUUGCCAGAUUAUCCAACAUAAAAAAUAUGGAUAUUUCUCAGAACAAUUUGUCCGGAGAAAUACCAGAGCCUCUCAAAUCCUUGAAACACCUCCAAUACCUCAAUUUAUCCUUCAACCAGUUUCAUGGACCAAUUCCGAGAGGUGGUGUUUUUGACAUUGCUGGUGCAGUAUCAAUUGAAAGAAAUUAUCAUCUGUGUACAAGCAUUCCAACAGGAGGUAUGUCCCUUUGCUCUGCACUGGUUGACAAGAAAAGAAAACACAAGUCAUUGGUUCUUAUCCUAGAGAUUGUGUUGCCCAUUGUUGGUGUCACUAUGAUCAUUAUGUCAUGUAUUGUGAUAAUUUAUCGGAAGAAGAAAAUGCAAGCCAAUCUCCAUUUGCAACAUGUCAAUGAGCACACAAAAAAGAUAUCAUAUGAAGACAUUGUAAAGGCGACAGAUAGAUUCUCUUCUGCAAACUUAAUUGGUUCUGGAUCAUUUGGAAGGGUUUAUAAGGGCAGUCUCCAGUUUCAAGAAGAUCAAGUUGCCAUCAAGAUUUUUGACCUUGACAUUUAUGGAGCACAUAGGAGCUUCGUAUCAGAGUGUGAAGCCCUUCGUAAUGUGCGCCAUCGAAAUCUUGUAAAAAUCAUUACUUCAUGCUCUUCAGUGGAUCAUACUGGGGCAGAUUUCAAGGCCCUAGUGUUCCCAUACAUGCCAAAUGGUAACCUAGAAAUGUGGCUACACCCGAUGGAUCAUGAACAUGGUGAAACAAAUACUCUGUCAUUAAGCCAAAGGAUUAAUGUAGCCUUGGAUGUAGCAUUUGCUUUGGAUUAUCUUCACAACCAGUGUGCAUCUCCAAUUAUACAUUGCGACUUGAAGCCAAGCAAUAUUCUUUUGGGUCUUGAUAUGGUUGCAUACGUCACCGAUUUCGGCCUAGCAAGAUUUCUGUUCAGUGCACCAAAUGCACAUCAAGACAGUUCAAUAAGUGUCUGCCACCUAAAAGGAUCCAUAGGAUACAUUCCACCAGAGUAUGGCAUGAGCCAACAGAUAUCAACCAAGGGUGAUGUCUACAGUUUUGGAGUGCUUCUGUUACAAUUGAUAACAGGGUGCAGUCCAACUGGUGAAAAAUUUAGUAAUGGUAUAAGCCUUCAUGAAUUUGUUGAUAGAGCAUUUACAAAGAACAUUCAUGAGGUCGUUGAUCCCACAAUACUACAAGAUGACAGGAAUGCAGGCGACCUGAUGAAGAAUUGUGUUAUCCCACUGAUUAUACUCGGCCUCUCUUGCUCCACGACAUCACCAAAAGACCGGCCGGAUAUGGGUCAAGUUUCUACUGAGAUCCUUAGAAUCAAGCACGCGGCCUCACACAUGCAUGCCAGGUGAAGCAAAGAUUUGGACGACGGAAACUUGCGCCAGAAGCGCAUCUAAAGAAGAAAAGUGAUGUAACUACCUAAUGGUGUUUUCCUUUUAGGAUUCAGUUACUGGCAUUUCCGAACAGUAAUAUUCUCUUGCUGCAAUAGCAUUUCAUGUAAUUUUUCUUUUAGUUUUAUUGAGUCGUAACUCUGUAAGCACCAUCCAAGGGAUUAUUAAGGCUCAAAUGUCCAAUCAGAUUGAUUUACAAUGUUUUUAGAAGGUGAUUUCGGAUCCGAAUGAGAAUGCACAUGAAUGCAAAUGCUGGUCCUAUGGGAGAUUUGGCAGGAAAGGAACAAGUGCACUUUCAGGGACAAGAUCGCCUCCGCACACGAGGUUGUCGCCGCAAUCAAUGGAGCUAUGGCGCCUAGCCGGAGCUAAAUUUGUUGAGACCCCUUUGGGAAUCCUCCAUGAGAGACUGUUAAUUCUCUGGCAGCCAAUAGGGCUGUAGUUUUCUUUAUUUUCAGUUCCUUUCAUUUUCAUCCAUGAUCUUAGGAUUCCCACGAUUUUAUCUUCCGUUGCUUCCUGCUAAUCGCCAAUCAAAGCCAGCAAUUUGCUGGAUCUUUCAAAAAAAAGUCUGCACAUGAAAUCAACAAGAAAAUAAAAUCCCCUACAGAGUAACUCGAACUGAGUCGAGAUUCUCAAGACCCCAGCCUAUUUCGCCCAAUCCCCGUGGAAGAUCACCCCAGAUCAAGCAGACAGACAUGGCGCUUGUACCUGUUCGCCGGAGAACCUAGCGGUGGCGCUGCUUCGCCCCGACUGCCGCCGGGGCCCGC